AUGACAACAUCCACCUCCCACGAACCACUCUUCCCCCAGCACACUCAACAUCAUCAACAACACUCCCACGCAGAAGUCAACCUCCGCCGUCUCCUCGCGAGAUUCGAAGCUAGUAUUGCUAGGCCUAGGAAGUCCAAUGGGAAUGGGGUGGAUGAUUUGGAGGUGGAUACCAUCGUGUCUGCGGAGAGGAAGCAUUAUUCGAACCUAGCACACCUGCACAAACUCCUAACAGCAGUCGAAACCGACCCAGCGCGGAAGAAAGACGACACCGUCCUCUGCAGCUACCGGCAGCGCGUGGAGCAGUUGGAGGCUGUGUUGGAUAAGAGUCGGUUGAUCUCAUCAGUAGGCCGAACGGUCGCAUCGCUACGAAAGUUGUCGGCGAGCGCGUCAGCUCAGGAUAAUGCUGAGCGCGUGGCUGCUGCGGAGAGGGUGCUGAAACUGCAGCGCGAGGCGGAGGAUGAGCUCAGGGCGGAGUUGUUGGAUAACACGCGCAAGGCCAACACUCCCACUGUGAAUGGAAAUGGGAACGGAGCAAAGACGCCGCCGUUGUCCACCGGAACUGGAGACGAAAGCUCGGUUCUCAACGAUACGCGGGAAGAGCUCCUUUCAACGCCAAACAAACUGCGUCAUCGCGGUCCAAACAUCCCCCCACCACCAACCGACACAUUCUCCACCCCUCCGACCCCGCACCUCACCCCAUCAAAACCACCACCACCCUCCAAACGCCCCACCAAAACCGCCUCCCACGACGACAGCGACUCAUUCAUCCUAUCCGCAACAGACGCGAAAGUAAAACUCGACCGCGACCGCAAGGAACAACAACAAAUGACGGAAGACAUGCUCGUCAUGUCCCAGCAACUCCGCAUGAACGCGGGGGAAUUUGGGGAUCGGCUUAAACGAGACGCCGUGAUAAUGAACGAAGCAACACACCUCCUCGAUACAAACCUCAGCACGCUCACCACCGCCUCCGCGCGCCUCGACACGCUCAACAAGACGGCACGGACUACCACGUGGAUGGUCUGGGCGACUGUGCUGGUGGUCUGUCUGGUAUUUGUUGGAACGGUGGGGGUUAUGCGGGUUUUUGGGAAGCGGGAGGGUGGGGCGAGGAGGUUUGUGGCGCCGACUGUCGGGGCAGCCGUCGGAGGAGAGUUGAAGUUACUCGAGGAGGGGGAGGACGGGUGGUUUUGGUAGAGGGCGCUUGUCGGCCCUGGCGCAAAUUAAGGCUCAUGCUGGGACAUUGAGCACUUCUUGGCUUCGGGGCAUUGGCGGGUUACAUUCGUUCAAGGUACGGAAGCACCCUGCGUGGUUGUGGGUGGGGGAGUUGCCGUAACUCACCGCACGUACCUUACGGGGCACCAUAUCACUUUUGGCAAAGUCUGAUGGUUUGGCAGUCGUGUCUUCUGUAUAUAAUGGGAUCCCAGGCUGAGGGAUUGUUACAUAGCAAGAUUUUUAUAUCACUGGUGGGCUGACGACCUGGGGAGGGGCUGAUGGUGAAGUGUUCGAUGAUACAUACACCCAAAAAAAAAGGUUGCACAUAUCCUCUCUUACAUCCAUACGCUUCCCUGGGCUCCUCACUCACAGGGAGGGUUACGGUACACUAAAUCAGCGGCCUGGAGGUUAGUUGUAGUUGUGUGGGUUAGGGUUUGGGGUUUAGGGUUGAGGGUCUA